CUUAUCAUUUUAUCAUAUAAUUAAAAGCCAAAAUUAUUCCAAGAAUUUCUGGGAAGAUAUUUGAGUAGUUCAUUGAUUCAUCAUUCGGAAGUUCCUCCAGGUUUAUGCAACACUCCAAUGUCUAAACAAGCUCCACUUUUUCAUCUUCUUUUCUUAUUGUUUUCUCUUCUGCCUCAUUAUUCAAAUCAGUCACAGCCAUCACAGUACCAGGCAUUAUUGAGAAUCAAGCAGCUUUUGAAUUUCCCAGAAGAAAUUAGCAGCUGGAGUGAUAAUUCAGAUUUCUGUAACACAGAACCAAGCCAAAUUAUAACACUUUCAUGCUAUGAAGAUAGAAUAACUCAGCUUCAUGUUACUGGCAACAAUUGGUUUCCUCAUCUGCUUCAAGAUUUCUCAACUGUUUCGUUGUUUUCAAGUCUUGCUAGUUUUCCUGACCUGAAAGUUCUGUCUUUAGUUUCAUUAGGUCUAAAAGGGCCAUUGCCUUCAGAAAUUGGAAAGUUAUCAUCUCUGGAAAUAAUGAAUGUUAGUUCAAAUUAUUUUGAUGGCAUCAUUCCUGUAGAAAUUUCAUUUUUGAAGAACCUGCAAACUCUUAUACUUGAUUAUAAUAGAUUCACAGGGCAGGUUCCUGAUUGGAUUGGUUCAUUUCCAGCUUUAACCGUUCUGAGUUUGAAGAACAAUUCAUUUACUGGGCAGUUGCCAAAUUCUUUAACAAGUUUGGGAAAUCUAAGAACUUUAGUGAUUUCUGCAAAUAAUCUAUCUGGGCAAGUGCCUGUUCUUGAAAACUUGACGAAUCUUCAAGUUCUUGAUUUCUCAGACAACAAUCUUGGACCCCAGUUUCCUAGUUUGCCCUCAAAGUUGAUUUCUUUGGUGCUCAGGAAGAACAAGUUCUACUCUGCAAUUUCUGAUAAAUUAAGCUCUUGUUACCAGCUUCAGAAACUGGAUAUCUCGCUAAAUGAACUUGUUGGGCCAUUUUUGCCAUCCCUUUUGUCAUUGCCUUCACUUACUUACUUAGACAUUGCUGAUAACAAGUUCACUGGGAAGCUUUCACAGAACAUCUCUUGCAAUACAGAACUGGUUUUUGUAAAUUUGUCCGAGAAUCGUCUAACUGGAGAAUUACCAGAUUGUUUGCAUAAAAAUUCUAAAAGCAGGGUUGUUUUGUUUGGAGGGAAUUGUUUAUCUACGAGAUACCAACAGCAGCAUCCGUUUCGAUUUUGUCACAACGAAGCGUUGGCAGUGGGAAUUUCACCUCAAAAACAGCUGGAAAAGAGGCCUUACGGGAAAGCAGUUCUUGCAUCAAGUAUGGUAGGAGGGAUUGUUGGGGCAACGGCAAUUCUUGGCCUGGCCUUUUUGGCUUUCAAAAGAAAAUUUGAUAAGCAGCAGGAAAAUGAAAAAUUUCACACAAGACUGAUAGUGGAUAAGAUCUCACCUGCAUACACACUUAAGCUGCUAAAGGACGCAAGGUAUAUAUCUGAAACCAUAAAAUUGGGAGCGCUUGGCAUUCCGCCCUAUAGAACCUUUGUUUUGGAUGAACUUAAGGAGGGCACAAAUAAUUUCGACGCAUCAAAUCUUAUUGGUGAAGAAACUCAUGGACAGGUUUACAAAGGAUGGUUGACAGAUGGUACUCUUGUUGCCAUUAGAAGCUUGAAAAUGAAAAAAAGGCAUAGCAUCCAGAGUUACACCCACCAACUCGAGCUGAUAUCGAAACUCAGACAUUCUCAUCUAGUUAGUGCAAUUGGCCACUGCUUUGAGUGCCAUAAAGAUGAUUCAACUGUCAGCAGAAUUUUUCUCGUUUUCGAGUAUGUGCCAAAUGGAACACUUAGAAAAUAUAUAUCGGAGGGACGUUCUGGACAAAAAUUUACAUGGAUACAGAGAAUAAAUGCUGCUAUUGAGGUUGCCCGGGGUAUUCAAUUUCUUCAUACGGGGAUGGUUCCCGGUGUGUAUUCGAAUCAUCUGAGGAUAACAGACAUUCUGUUGAGCCAUGACCUUCAUGCAAAAAUUAGCAAAUGCAAUCUCCCUUUGUUGACAGAAAAUAAGAGACUGGAUGACGUGGCAGUGUCCUCCCAUGGAUCAAAGGAAAACUGUGGAUCGAUGUUAAGAUACGGGGAGAAAAAUGACGUCUAUGAUUUUGGUGUAAUCUUACUUGAGAUCAUUGUGGGCAGGAUGAUUGUCUCUGAACAUGAUGUCGGUGUCUCCAAAGAUAUAUUGUUGGUAAGCCUAUCAGCAGAUGAUAAAGCUCGUCGGAGUAUAGUCGAUCCAGCAGUGCACAAGGAAUGCUCGGAUGAUUCGCUGAAAACCCUGAUUGAGCUUUGUGUGGGGUGCUUGUCAAAUGAACUAUCUGAGAGGCCUUCUGUUGAAGAUUUGAUUUGGAAUCUGCAGUUUGCAGCUCAAGUCCAGGCUUCACAGCACCACAGCAAUACAGAGUCACCAAUUCAAGACAUCUGAAUAAAAUUUACAGUUUUUUAUUAUCUGAGUUGUGUGUUACAAGUGGAAACAAGGUUAACACUAUUUGCUGUAUUGGAGGAUAAAAGGCUACUGUAUAGUACUAAUCUGCAUCCAAGCUGAAUUUUUAUCAUCUGUUCUCAUUUGUCCAUUUUCAACAUUGCUCGAUGAGAACCUAAUAUGAAUAUCGUCCGACUAUUA